AUGUCAAGAGUGGUCUUUGGAAUUGCAUUACCCGUCAUUUUCAUUUCAGGGUCUAUUAACACCACAGUGGUCUGCCGGUACAUCCAUGGAAAAUUCUACAGGGACUCGAUGAUUCGGUAUAUCAACUCCAAGAAAGGCUGGGCAUCAUGGCUGGGUCUAGUGUUUAUCGUCACUCUUCUAGCCUGGGUCGUUGCCGAAGCAAUUCCAAUCUUCUCGGAGCUUCUUUCCAUUAUAUCGGCACUUUUUGUCUCGGGAUUAUCUUUCUACCUUCCGCCAGUCAUGUGGUACUUGCUUUUGAGAGAAGGCUCCUGGUACGAAAAGAAGAAUCUGAAGCCUGCGAUAUUCAAUGCUGUUGUCUUUAUUGUGGGGAUGAUUAUUUUUGGGUGUGGCACGUAUGCCAGCAUCGCUGAACUUACCACCAAGUUCCAGUCUGGCUCCGUUGGAAAGCCCUUUACAUGUUCUUGA